AUGGUUCACACCGUCAAGUUCGUAUUUAUGUGGGAAUCAGCAAAUUCUGACAUAAGCUCAAUCAGAGACCUUGUAAGCAAGAGGAGGAGAUCAGAAGAAAAAAAGAAGCCAGAUUUUAUUGGCCUAGCAGAUUGGAACUUGAUGCUAGAGACUUGGCAGGAGGAGCCACACCAAAAGAGGAGCAAAAUGAAUUCUGAGAAUGCUUCCUCAAACCCAGAUGGUUUAGGCACUCACCGUCAUACUUCAGGAUCAAAAAACCACAAGCGUUAUGCUUAUGACUUGACUGUUAAGGCUGGUGGAGUAGCACCUCCAGUCACUGAAGUAGUGCGUAUGACCCAUACUCGCAAGGAUGGCACUUUCAUUGACAAAAGAGCAGAAGGUUUUGUGAAGGCUGCCGAGGCUCUUGCAUUGGAGCGAUCACAAGGUUCCUGUCUGACUGAUGAAACCCCAUCAGCACCCUCUACCCAGCAGCUCAACGCUGCUUACAUUGAAGUGGCAACCAAUGGCAAAGGGCGAGUUUAUGGGCUUGGUUCAAUUCAGGAUAUUGAUGAUGAACCAAGUGAGACUGCACCAGCAUCUUUAUUUACACAUUUGGCAGUUGAUGGACGCUUGACCACCAUGGAGGGUGUUGUAACUUGCUUGAAGGAUGAUGUUUCUGGCUUGAAGGAGGAUGUAAUUGGUAUUAAGCGAGGCAUUGAGGUUCUGAUGAAGAUGAAUGGAGUGGACCCUGUUACCUUUGAACCUAUUCAGCAUGAGAGCGAUGCAUCUGUUCGAACUCCCCAAUCAAGCCAAGAACUUGACCAAAAUUCUCCCGUACAUUAACUCUGAUCUUGGUGUCUUUUGUGUUUAUACUAAGUUAAGCUCUAACAUCACUAGAUGUCUUUUGUAAAAACAUCACUAGAUGUCUUUUGUAACUUCUGAAGAACAUCAUUAGAUGUCUUUUGUAAAAAAAAUUUAUAAUUUUAAUGGUAUUUGAAUGUUUAAAUUAAUUA